AUUCUGUCAUCCUCUUCUGCGCAUGCGCGAAGACGGCGGAAGACACUUCCCUUUUUGGAAGAAAAAAAUAAGCUGGACCGAGCUGGACGUGUUGGUUUGGUACCGCUAAAGAAACAGUAAGACUGUCAGAAACACCCCUUCUUUGCUCGGAUAAACGCAUGAACUGUUCCAGCAUGUGUGCGUUAAGAGUUGUCUGCCGAACGCGUUUCAGGUUCUCCAGGCAUUACCUUAGGAUGACUAUCCCACAUGUGUCAGUACCAGCCAGAGCAAGCUCUCAGGCUGGAAACCCACUAAGGUGGGAUCUUUCGCCAGAUGACAUCAGGACCAAAACGGGCAUUCUGAUUUCCAGAAUAAAGAAGGUCUACGAUGAUGUUGGAUCAAUAAACAUUGAAAAUGUCUCAGCUGAAAACACACUGAAGGCUUUGGCUGAUGCAAAGCUGGAUUAUGCAUCAUCACGCCACAUCCUUGACUUCCCCCAGUAUGUUUGCCCCAACAAAGAGGUUCGAUUAGCAAGCACAGAGGCAGACAAGAAGCUGUCUGAGUUUGACGUGGACCUCAGCAUGCGGGAGGACGUGUUCAGACGACUUACUGUCCUACAGACCAAGCUUGAAGACAAUCUUUCACCUGAAGAAAAAAGAUUCUUAGACAGACUGGUUAGACUGGGCCAGAGGAAAGGUUUGCACCUUUCUAAAGACAAGCAGGAGGAAAUAAAAAGACUAUCUAAGCUCAUCAGUGAGCUCUCCAUAGACUUCAACAGGAAUCUGAAUGAAGACAACACGUUCCUUGUUUUUUCUGAACAAGAGCUCGCUGGACUUGCUGAUAGCUACCUUAAUGGUCUGGAGAAGACGACAGAGGGAAAGUAUAAAGUGACGCUGGAAUAUCCCCACUACCACCCUCUGAUGAAGAGGUGUCACAGUCCUGAGACCAGGAGGAAGAUGGAAAGGGCUUUUCACAGCAGGUGCAAAGAGGUGAACACAGCAAUCCUGGAACAGUUAAUCCAACUGAGGGCAAAGGUCGCAGACUUACUUGGUUACAGCAGCCAUGCCAACUAUGUGCUGGAGGUUAACAUGGCUAAAAAUGCCACCAAUGUGUCUGACUUUAUAGAUUCCAUCCAUGAGAAGCUGAAGCCGAUUGGCAUCAAGGAAAGGAAAUAUAUUCUUUCCCUGAAGAAGAGGGAGUGCUUGAUGAAGGGUUACCAGUUUGAUGGGCAGAUCAACGCCUGGGACUUGCCCUACUACAUGAACCAAGUAGAAGAGUGCAAGUUUGCUGUGAACAAGGACAAGCUGUUAGAAUAUUUCCCCCUGGAGGUGGUGACAGAGGGGCUGUUUGGGAUCUACCAGGAGCUACUGGGCCUGGCGUUCACCGAGGUCAAGCAUGCUAAUGUGUGGCAUGAAGACGUUAAACUUUACUCAGCUCACGACACUGAAACGGGGGAGGAGAUCGGACAGUUCUACAUGGACUUGCAUCCAAGGGAAGGUAAAUACGGUCACGCUGCUUGCUUUGGGCUCCUGCCUGGCUGCAGAGGACCUGAUGGAGAGCGCAGACUUCCAGUGGCAGCCAUGGUGGCCAACUUUACAAAGCCCAGGAAAGGCUGGCCCUCUCUGCUUCAGCACCACGAAGUGGAGACGUAUUUCCACGAGUUCGGCCACGUGAUGCAUGAGCUCUGUUCUAAGACCAUGUUUUCAGACUUCAGUGGAACGCUGGUAGAGACAGAUUUUGUGGAAGUUCCAUCUCAGAUGUUGGAAAACUGGGUUUGGGAAAAGGAGCCUCUAAGAAGAAUGUCUUGCCACUACAAGGAUGGGACACCCAUCCCAAACAACUUGCUGGACAAGCUGAUAGCUUCUAGAGUAGCCAACACUGGUCUGAUGAACCUGCGCCAGGUUGUCCUCAGUAAAGUGGACCAGUCUCUUCACUCCAGUGCACAGGCAGAUACCGCUGAAGUGUUUGCAAAGUACUGUCAGGACAUCCUGGAGGUUCCUGCCACACCUGGCACCAACAUGACUGCUGGUUUCAGCCACUUGGCUGGAGGUUAUGAUGGUCAGUACUACAGCUAUCUGUGGAGUGAGGUCUACUCAAUGGACAUUUAUUUCAGUCGUUUCAAAAAGGAAGGCAUUAUGAAUCCAAAGGUUGGACGAGAGUACAGAAAGGUGAUCCUGGAAGCCGGGGGCUCCGCGGAUGGAGUGGACAUGCUGAAAAGCUUCCUUGGACGUGAGCCAUGUCAAGAUGCAUUCUUUAAGUGCAAGGGACUAAUGAACUGACAGCAAGCUGCACACAUAUUGUAAUUAGAGUUUAAGCUAUAAAAAUAAUGAUUGAUUUCCAAAACUUUUAAUACAUUUUGUGAUUGGAGUUGUUUGAUACCAUAAAGAACAUCGACUGAGAAAGAAUUAACUCCAGUUUUGCCAGUUCUACACAUUUUCUGCUCCCGCAAACCAGAAUCCAGUGUUUUAAUCACCUCCUGACCACACUGACUGCUGCAGUAGCCUGUUAAAUCACUUAAAUCUGGUGAAUUUGGAUCAAGGACAUAGCUAAAAUGAGCAUCAUGGUAGCUCUCAAGGACUAGAGUUGGGGACCCCUGAUCUAGUGGAAAUCUCAGAAGUACACAAAGUGAGACUUUUACCAAUCUGCAGUCCCUAACACCUUCAAAGAAUUAGAUGAAUAAAGUAAAGGAUAAGAAUACAGACACUGGUGAUAAAAAGUGUGUCAGAUACUGCAAUGAUUAAAAUAUAAUUAUUAUAUCCAGAUAAAUUACUUGUCACAGAUAUGACCACCCCUGCCUUUCUCAUUCCCUCAUUCACACAGUCAAUGUUGGUUUAUUAUUUGUCAUAUUAACCUCAAGUCUUACCUGUAGCGGUUGCUGUGAAAUGUGUUUAUUUGUUCAAAUUUUAGAAGAUCAUAAUGUUCAAAACAAUGUUAAAGAAAUGUCUAUGUUGUGUUAUUGCCACCUGCUGGCAGAGCUGAGUAUUGCGCUUUGGGCAGACGAUCUUUUAAAGCACACAGACAAAAAAACUCAAGCUGGAAAACAAACCAAAGGCAAAAUAAAAAGUGAAUAAAGCAAUAAAUGGGCAUUAUGAACUGCA